AUGGCGGAUAAAGAAGGACCAGUCACCGUCAGUGAUUUGCCGAUUACGUUUCAGGUAAAAUACUUAGGACAAAGUGACGCGAGAGGAUUAUGGGGAAUCAAGCAUACGAGGAAACCAGUCGAUUUGAUGGUAUCGGCAGCUAAGGCGUUACCACCAGGUCAAAUCCUACCAAUAGUAAAGUUGACGAUCACUGUGGACGGUGUUCAUCUAGAAACCAUCAAUGUUGGCACAAGACGGGACGAAUUUGAACACAUGGCUGUUUUCUUCAACAUCGAGUCAAUAUCAUACGGAGUCCAGGACCUGGUCUACACGCGGGUCUUCUCCAUGAUAAUAGUCAAGGACAACGCUGAUGUUAAAGGCUUGAACCCGUUUGAAUGCCACGCGUUUGUUUGUGAGUCGAGGAAUGCCGCGCGACGUCUCACAUAUUCCUUGGCAGCUGCGUUUCAGGAUUACUCCCGGCGAGUGAAAGAGAUGCAAACUAAUCCAGAGUUAGACGAGAGGCCGCCAAGUCAGAAACCACAGAAGCGUUUCGCCAUCGACCUCAGAACACCUGAAGAGAUCGAGGCGGAUCUGGAAACGGAGGCGUAA